UCGCCCGCGCAGCACCAUGUCGGCCGCCCCCGCCUACGGCGAGGACAAGGGCGGCUCGGCCGGGGCCGGCGAGCCCGAGUACGGUCACGACCCGGCGAGCGGCGGCAUCUUCUCGUCCGACUACAAGCGGCACGAUGACCUGAAGGAGAUGCUGGACAGCAACAAGGACUCCCUGAAGCUGGAGGCCAUGAAGCGGAUCGUGGCGAUGAUCGCCCGGGGGAAGAAUGCCUCAGACCUGUUCCCUGCCGUGGUCAAGAAUGUGGCCUGCAAGAACAUUGAGGUGAAGAAGCUCGUCUAUGUGUACCUGGUGCGCUACGCCGAGGAGCAGCAGGACCUGGCCCUGCUGUCCAUCUCCACCUUCCAGCGUGGCCUCAAGGACCCCAACCAGCUGAUCCGUGCCAGUGCCCUGCGUGUGCUGUCCAGCGUACGGGUGCCCAUCAUCGUGCCCAUCAUGAUGCUGGCCAUCAAGGAGGCAGCCUCAGACAUGUCACCGUAUGUGCGCAAGACAGCUGCACACGCCAUCCCCAAACUGUACAGCUUGGACUCAGACCAGAAGGACCAGCUGAUAGAGGUCAUCGAGAAGCUGCUGGCCGACAAAACCACGCUGGUAGCGGGCAGCGUGGUGAUGGCCUUCGAGGAGGUGUGCCCGGAGCGCAUCGACCUGAUUCACAAGAACUACCGGAAACUCUGCAACCUGCUCAUCGACGUGGAGGAGUGGGGUCAGGUGGUCAUCAUCAGCAUGCUGACCCGCUACGCGCGCACGCAGUUCCUCAGCCCCACGCAGAAUGAGUCUCUGCUGGAGGAGAACCCCGAGAAGGCCUUCUACGGCUCGGAGGAGGACGAGGCCAAGGGCCCCGGCUCGGAGGAGGCCCCCGCCGCGGCGCUGCCCGCCCGCAAGCCCUACGUCAUGGACCCCGACCACCGCCUGCUGCUGCGCAACACCAAGCCGCUGCUGCAGAGCCGCAGCGCCGCCGUGGUCAUGGCCGUGGCGCAGCUCUACUUCCACCUGGCGCCCAAGGCCGAGGUGGGCGUCAUCGCCAAGGCGCUCGUGCGCCUGCUGCGGAGCCACAGCGAGGUGCAGUACGUGGUGCUCCAGAACGUGGCCACCAUGUCCAUCAAGCGCCGGGGCAUGUUCGAGCCCUACCUGAAGAGCUUCUAUAUAAGGUCCACGGAUCCCACCCAGAUCAAGAUUCUGAAGCUGGAGGUCCUCACCAACCUGGCCAACGAGGGCAACAUCCCCACAGUCCUGCGUGAGUUCCAGACCUACAUCCGCAGCAUGGACAAGGACUUCGUGGCCGCCACCAUCCAGGCCAUCGGGCGCUGCGCCACCAACAUCGGCCGAGUCCGUGACACCUGCCUCAACGGGCUGGUGCAGCUGCUGUCCAACCGUGACGAGCUCGUGGUGGCUGAGUCUGUGGUGGUGAUUAAGAAGCUGCUGCAGAUGCAGCCGGCACAGCAUGGCGAGAUCAUCAAGCACCUGGCCAAGCUCACUGACAACAUCCAGGUACCCAUGGCCCGUGCCAGCAUCCUGUGGCUCAUUGGCGAGUACUGUGAGCACGUGCCCAGCAUCGCCCCCGAUGUGCUGCGCAAGAUGGCCAAGUCCUUCACGGCUGAGGAGGACAUCGUUAAGCUGCAGACUAUCAACCUGGCCGCCAAGCUGUACCUCACCAAUUCGAAGCAGACCAAGCUGCUGACACAGUAUGUUCUGAGUCUGGCCAAGUACGACCAGAACUACGACAUCCGCGACCGCGCUCGCUUCACACGCCAGCUCAUCGUGCCCACGGAACAGGGUGGCACGCUCAGCCGCCACGCCAAGAAGCUCUUUCUGGCUCCCAAGCCCGCCCCCGUGCUGGAGUCAUCCUUCAAAGACCGCGACCAUUUCCAGCUGGGGUCACUUUCUCACCUGCUCAACGCCAAGGCCACAGGCUACCAGGAGCUGCCAGACUGGCCCGAGGAAGCCCCUGACCCAUCUGUGCGCAAUGUGGAGGUCCCCGAGUGGACCAAGUGCUCCAGCCGGGAGAAGCGGAAGGAGAAGGAGCGGCCCUUCUACUCGGAUUCAGAGGGGGAGUCGGGCCCCACAGAGUCUGCAGACAGUGAGCCUGAGUCCGAGAGUGAGUCGGACAGCAAGAGCGGCAGUGAGAGCGAGUCCGAGGACUCAAGCAGCGAGUCAGGGAAGGAGGACGAAGAUGAGAAGGAUAGCAGCGAGAGCCAGCAGAGUGAGGAGGAAGGAGGGACGAGGAAGAAGACAGCCCCUGGGCGGGGAGCCAGCUCUGAGCCAUCGUCAGAAGGGGGCAGUGGCACCAGCAGCAGCUCGUCCGGGUCCGAGAUGAGCUCCGAGUCUGAGGAGGAGCCUGCCUGGAGGAAGAAGUCUUCCCUCAGCGGCAAAAGGACUCCUGCAGCCAAGGAGAUGUCCCUGUUAGACCUGGAGGAUUUUUCAGCGCCCAGUGUUCAGCCCGUGUCCCCGCCUGCGGCCGUGUCCAGCAGCCUGGCCGCCGACCUAGAGGGCCUGACCCUCACGGACUCCCCGUUGGUGCCCUCGGUGCUGAGCCCAGUGUCAGCCGCACCCAGGCAGGAGCUGCUGCACCGCGUGGCGGGUGAGGGCCUGGCCGUGGACUACUCCUUCAGUCGCCAGCCCUUCCCUGGGGACCCACACAUGGUGUCUGUGCUCGUCCACUUCUCCAACAGCUCGGACACCCCCAUCAAAGGCCUGCAUGUGGGCACCCCCAAACUGCCUGCUGGCAUCAGCAUCCAGAAAUUCCCGGAAAUCGAGAGCCUGGCCCCUGGAGAAGCCACCACAGCAGUCAUGGGCAUUAACUUCUGCGACUCCACCCAGGCCGCCAACUUCCAGCUGUGCACCCAGACCCGGCAGUUCUACGUGUCCAUUCAGCCGCCUGUUGGGGAGCUGAUGGCCCCUGUGUUCCUGAGUGAGAACGAGUUCAAGAAGGAGCAGGGCCAGCUGACUGGCAUGAAUGAGAUCACUGAGAAGCUCACGCUGUCCGAAGCCUGUCGGAGUGACCACACCGUGGUGCAGAAGGUCACGGCCACAGCCAACCUGGGGCGUGUCCCCUGUGGGACUGCAGAUGAGUACAGGUUUGCAGGGAGGACGCUGACCAGUGGGAGUCUGGUCCUGCUCACCCUGGACUCCCGGCCUGCGGGAGCCGCACUGCUGACUGUCAACAGUGAGAAGAUGGUGAUUGGCACCAUGCUGGUGAAGGACGUGGUGCAGGCGCUGAGCCGGUGACCGUGUCUUUCCUCGCUCCCUGUAGAGGCAGGUGGCAGCCGCCCCCUUCUGCCACCCACCCCCUAGCUCCCCAUGGUUGUUUACGCCGAGUGAUUUCAAUAAAGCGUCUCCUCCCUCU